GCCCCAGGCCCCUCCCCUUCCCUUAUCGGCCCCUUUCUCUCGGUUCGGCACGGUCAGUUCAGGGCAGUGCAAGGCCUGUAGACCAUGGAAGCAGCGGGGAGCGGUGCGGCCUACUUCAGGAGAGGUAGCCUCUUCUGGUUCCUGGUCAUCGUGGUGUCCUUAGGUUACUACACGUGGGUAGUCUUCUGGCCUCAGAGUAUCCCCUAUCAGAAACUUGGACCUCUUGGGCUCUUCACUAAGUACUUGGUGGAUAACCAUCUGGUGCUUAUACGUAAUGGGUAUUGGUUUGCCUGGUUGGUUCAUGUCGCAGAAUCCAUAUAUGCCAUGAUUUUAUGCGCUAAAAAAGGUAUCACAAAUGGCCAGGCUCGACUAUUAUGGUUCCUGCAAACAUUCUUCUUUGGGUUUGCUUCUCUUUCCAUCUUAAUUGCAUAUAAACCACACUAUCAUAAAAAAAAAUAAAGAAGAAAUUAAAUGUGUUUUUUUAAUACAUUGCUAUUUUGUCCAUUUUUUUUUUACUUAGGAUUUUCCUAAUCAUUUUGGAAAAUAACUGUAUUGGGAACAGGUUGAAUUUACUUGUUUUUGUCUGGCCUUAAAACUCGUUGAUCAUUAUGUACUGUAACUGAUUAUUUUCAAUACCUCUGAGCAGAGGCUACUUUACCUAGUUUAUUGAGUACCAAGGAAGUUCAACUGACAUUUAGUGAAUGCUCCUUUCAAGGCUUUCAUAAUUGAAUAGAAGAUAUAAAAAUAUAUACAAUAGUCAGUUAACACUAAUGAGCCUGGUGAAAUGAAGAUGAAAUUCCCUUUUUUUAAAAAAAUUCUCAACUUUACAAGCACCAAAUGAGUAUUUUCAUGUAUAUUGUGGAACAGAGGAGAGCAUUGUAUAUGAAACUGUGAAUUAAGCUUGUUUUUCUUUUUAAUCAUGUAAUAAAUUCAAAAUGUAAAUUUCA